GUUUUCAAAUCACUUUAUUACAAUUUCUCUCGAUGCUGGAUUAGGCUGGUCCUACGGUGUACUCUUGAUCCGCAGCUGUGUGAUAUUGCUCAUAAUAUCUGAUCACGUUGGCGCUUUAUUUGCUUUCCAUCUAUCACUAAUUCAUUAUGAAAUUCUCCAUUUCAGCGUCAACGUCGUGUCUGCUUCUUGGUGUUUUCACAUUAUCUGGCAGUCAAGUAUUGGGCGUUACGGCCUCGGACGCGGAUUCUUCGCCGCAGAGUCUACCUUCUUGUGCGGAAUCCUGCGUUGGCACAUCAUUUAGCAAAAGCGGUUGUGCGUUGCUGGACAUGCAAUGCAUCUGUGCAGAUAAGAAAAUGGCAAGCACCAUGUCUGAUUGUCUUACAAAUGCUUGCUCCAAGAAUGACCAACAGACAACGAUAAACUUUGUCUCGUCGAUAUGUAAACUUGUGAAAUCCUGGUCAUCUAUCUCCGCAUCGACAUCCACUGGAACCGCUACAUCAUCCUCUUUCCCUUCCUCCCCUCUCUCCCUUUCUUCCGGACUUUCAUUCUCCAGUCCCUCUUCCGCCUCUGCGUCAAUAUCCAGCAAGCACACCAACAGCAAGUCCGCGUCAACAGCAUUAAAAGCUUCGACAGCAUCAUCGACAACGGUCUCGUCUCUCGACUCACUAGCCACCUCGACAAAAGCUCUCGGAGAAGGGCCAGAUCUACCUGGCGUUUCCUCCUCAUUAUCAUCUGCUGCUGCUGCUGCUUCUACUUUUACGUCAUCCUUGUCGUCCUAUGCUGCUUCAUCAGCAUCCGCAUCAGCAUCCGGCUCUUCUCUUGGAGAACCCAUUGGCAACAAACUCCGCGUCAAUGCCACAGGAAGCGGCACAUCCGCGACAACGCCCACAGUCUCACUCACUGGCACAACGCACGUAUUUACCACCAGCGGGGUCCCCGUGAGUGCUGCCGGACCUGCAUCACGACAUCCCUGUCUACUAGGUCUCUUCGGCAUCUGCGUGGCGUUCUGUAUGAGCUUUAGUAUUGUUGUGGUUGGAUUCACAUGAUUUUUUUUUUUUUUUUUUCCUUUUCCUUGGGGGGUUUCCUAUGGAUUUGUCGGGUUUGUUGUUAUUAGGUAUUUUCGAAUCUACUACGGU